AUGAAUGAGCUACUCUUGAGAUCCGCCCACAUUCGUGAGGGAAAAAAUCUUAGUGAUCGCAUAUAUUCUAGCCCGUGGCUGAUUGAUGAUCUGGGGCAUGAUAUGAUAUUGCUUGAAAAUCUGCUUCCAUUCAUUGUUCUCAAGAGUAUGCUUAGCCUAGUCGUUGAUCAUAACCUCAAGGAAAACCCUUCCAUGCUUAAGCUCACUUUUGAACACUUUAAGAGUUUUUUGACUUUACAUAGAUAUCCUGACAAUAUAACCCCAACAGAAGUAAAGCAUUUUCUCGAUUUCUUGAGAUACUGUCAUUUGCCUUCACCAUCGAAAAAGGGGCAAAAGGGAGGUCUAGCGAUUGAAUUCUCUCCGAGCACAAAAAGACUUAAUGAAGCUGGCAUCAAGUUUAAGGAAGGGGAAAACAGUUGUUUACUUGAUGUCAACUUCAAAAGUGGAGUUCUUGAAAUCUCAAAUUUGGAAAUAGAUGACUUGACAAAAACUUUGUUCUGA